CUACUGAUUCUUGGCAACCACGUAAAUUUUUCAAGAAACCCAUCUUUGACUCUCUCCACCUUCACUUUCAUCGUUGAAAAAUGAUUAUAUAAUGAUAUCACCCAUAAACCCAAAACCCCAUCAACACUCGUGCUUUCUGACUCAUUGUUAUACUGAGUGAUUGGUGACCCCCAAAUCCCCCAAAAUAUAACAUAUUUAAGAUUCUUAUUGUUUUAAGAUUAGGUAUGUUUUACAAUUCUGCAAUGAACCCUUUGAUAAACCCUAUUUUCUUACAUGGGUGUGUUGCAUCCAUACAGUUUCUGUUCUUGAUUGUCUUAUUCAUCACUUGGGUAUGGAAAAGAUUCAAGCUUGAUCAAACUUUGGUUCCAAAACAGAGUUCUGGGUGUUUGUUUUACAAACAAACUCUAUUUUGUUCUCUUGUUCUUUCACUCUUUAAUCUUGUUUUGUGUUUCUUGAACAAUUUUUAUUGGUAUAGAAAUGGCUGGACUGAUGAAAAGAUUGUGACCCUUUUGAAUGCUGUUCUUGGAGCACUUGUUUGGUUAUUUAUCUCUGUUUAUUUGCACACACUUGUUUCGAAUUCGUCGACAGGAUCAAGAAAAUACCCAUCUGUGAUAAGGGUGUGGUGGGUGUUUUUCUUUACAGUUUCUUGUUACUCCCUUGUGGUAGACUAUGUUUACUACAAAAAAACCCAUGAUUUAGUUUCUAUGUUGUUUGUCUCUGAUUCGGUGUCUAGUUUCAUGGGUUUGUUUCUUUGUUUUGUGGGGUUGUCCUACAAAACAGAGGAAGAGUCCCGAAGUAAUAAUCUUGAAGAACCGCUUUUGAGUUCUGGUGUCUCUAGAGGUGGAGUUGCAUCAACUUAUGAAAAUGCAAGUUUCUAUAGCUUGCUUACAUUUUCUUGGAUGAAUUCUGUAAUUGCAAAAGGUAAUAAAAAGACGUUAGACCUUGAAGAUGUUCCUCAGCUUGCAAAGAUAGAUAGUGUGAAAGAAGUUUAUCCUGUUUUGUUAAACAAAGUAGAGUCUUUAAGCAAUGGGGGUAAUCAAAUCACUGCGUUCAGUCUCACAAAAGCCUUAUUGUACAUCGUGUGGAAAGAUGUGGCUAUCACAGGAUUGCUCGCUUUAGUAACUUCGCUGACUAGUUUUGUCGGUCCUUACCUUAUAGAAGCAUUUGUUCAAUAUCUAGACGGACAACGAGAUUACAAACACCAAGGUUUUGUUUUGGUAGCUGCAUUCCUUGUUUCCAAGGUUAUCGGGUGUUUCACACAACGGCAUUGGUACUUCAAGCUCCAACAAGCUGGAAUUAGGGCGCGGUCUGCUAUUGUUGCCAUGAUUUACCAAAAGGGUCUGACCAUCUCCGGCCAGUCAAAGCAAGGGAACUCGAGUGGCGAAAUCAUCAACUUCAUGGCUGUUGAUGCAGAAAGAAUAGGUGAUUAUGCUUGGUAUAUGCAUGAUUUUUGGAUAGUUCUUGUGCAAGUUGGUGUCGCGUUGUGGCUUUUAUAUAGAAACUUAGGACUAGCCUUCAUUGCUUCAUUAAUCGCUACAAUUCUUGUGUUGUUGGCCAAUAUUCCACUUGGAAACAUCCAAGAAAAACUUCAAGAUGAGUUGAUGAAAUCCAAAGAUAAACGGAUGAAAUCAACGUCUGAAAUCUUGAGAAACAUGAGGAUUCUUAAACUUCAAGGUUGGGAAAUGAAGUUUUUGUCAAAAGUCACCAAGCUUAGAGAUGAAGAACAAGGUGCACUGAAGAAGUAUAUGUAUACCUUAUCCAUGACUUCUUUUAUCUUCUGGGGUGCUCCAAUUGUUGUUGCUGUGGCCACUUUUGCAACAUGUUUAUUUGCUGGUAUCCCUCUUGAAUCUGGGAAAGUACUUUCUGCACUUGCCACUUUCAAGAUACUUCAAGAGCCGAUUUACAAUCUUCCUGACUCGAUAUCAGUUUUUUUCCAAACUAAAGUCUCACUUGAUCGAAUUGCCACAUAUCUUCGGCUCAAUGACAUUGAUUCUAGUGCUGUUAGUAAGGUUUCACGAGGUAGUUCUGAAACCGCUGUUGAAAUCAUCGACGGUAAUUUUUCUUGGGAUUCAAGUGCAUCUUCUAACCCGACUUUGAAAGAUAUAAACAUUAGAGUGAAUCAUGGGAUGCGGGUUGCAGUUUGCGGGACCGUCGGGUCAGGGAAGUCGAGCUUAUUGUCUUGUAUAUUAGGUGAGGUAUCAAAGAUUUCCGGAAGCGUGAAAGUUGAAGGGUCAAAGGCAUAUGUAGCUCAAUCUGCAUGGAUACAAAGUGGUAAGAUUGAAGAUAACAUCUUGUUUGGUAGGGAGAUGGAUAGAGAGAGGUAUGAGAAGGUUCUAGAAGCAUGUUCUUUGAAGAAAGACCUUGAAAUUCUUUCCUUUGGUGAUCAAACUGUUAUCGGGGAGCGAGGGAUCAAUUUGAGUGGCGGUCAAAAGCAGAGGAUACAAAUUGCUCGGGCUCUUUAUCAAGAUGCUGAUAUCUAUCUUUUUGAUGACCCGUUUAGUGCUGUUGAUGCUCACACAGGAAGUCAUUUGUUCAAAGAAUGCAUGCUGCAAUUUUUGGACUCGAAGACGGUGAUUUACAUCACACAUCAAGUAGAGUUCUUACCUGCUGCAGAUCUUAUCCUGGUGUUAAGAGAUGGAAGGAUCACACAAGCCGGAAAGUACAACGACCUUCUCAAUAUUGGAAGCGAUUUUAUGGACCUUGUGGGUGCACAUAAAGAAGCAUUAUCAUCCAUUGAUUCCAUGGGGACAACCGUUCAAGAACAAACGGGUAGUUCCAAGAAGAACACAAACGACGAUCAAAAUGGUAAACCAGACGAUUCCUCGGGCUCAAAAGCGCAACUUGUUCAAGAAGAAGAACGAGAAAAAGGAAGAGUCGGUUUCUCAGUCUACUGGAAAUAUGUAACAACGGCUUACGGUGGGGCACUUGCACCACUUAUAUUAUUGGUAGUAAUCCUCUUCCAAGUACUUCAAAUUGGAAGCAAUUACUGGAUGGCUUGGGCAUCCCCAGUGUCAGCAAGUGAUCCAGCCCCGGUUACUAGCUCGACCCUAAUCAUUGUUUAUGUAGCUUUAUCAGCUGGUUGUGCUUUAUGUGUACUUGCAAGAGGCUUGCUUAUUGCAACCAUGGCAUAUAAAGCCGCCACUAUCCUCUUCCACCAAAUGCACCUGGCCAUUUUCCGCUCACCCAUGUCUUUCUUUGACUCAACUCCAAGCGGACGGAUACUUAAUAGAGCGUCUACAGACCAAAGUGCAGUGGACUUGCAAAUUCCUUAUCAAGUGGCAUCAUUUGUGUUUGCAAUCAUUCAACUUCUUGGCAUCAUUGCAGUUAUGUCACAAUGUGCUUGGCAAGUGAUAAUUAUUUUCAUCCCUGUUGCGGGAAUGUGCGUCUGGCUACAGCAAUAUUACUUGCCUUCAGCCAGAGAAAUGUCACGACUAGUUGGGGUUUGUAAAGGUCCAGUGAUACAGAAUUUUGCUGAAACAAUAUCGGGAUCAACGACCAUUCGAAGCUUUGAUCAACAAGCCAGAUUCCAGGACACGAAUCUAAAACUGAAUGACGAUUUUUCAAGGCCGAAGUUUCAUGCUGCUGCUGCUAUGGAAUGGUUGGGCAUACGUUUGGAUAUGCUGUCUUCUUUUACGUUUGCUGUGUUCUUAAUUUUCUUGGUUUCCAUCCCGGAGGGAACCAUUGAUGCAAGUAUUGCUGGAUUGGCUGCUACUUAUGGGCUUACUUUGAAUAACCUACAAGGGUGGGCAGUAUGGACUUUAACCAACCUCGAAAACAAAAUUAUUUCGGUUGAAAGAAUAUUUCAGUACUCUUCUAUCCCGAGUGAACCUCCUCUCAUUAUAGAAUCAAAUAGGCCUGACGAUCAGUGGCCGUCACAGGGAGAAGUUGAUAUACGUCAUCUGCAGGUUCGGUAUGCACCACAUAUGCCACUUGUGUUGCGAGGUCUUACGUGCACCUUUACUGGAGGAAAGAAAACUGGGAUUGUAGGAAGAACUGGUAGUGGGAAGUCAACUCUAAUACAAACACUAUUCCGUCUUGUGGAUCCUGCAGCUGGACAGAUUCUGAUAGAUGGGAUCAAUAUAUCGACAAUCGGACUUCAUGAUCUUCGUUCAAGAUUGAGCAUAAUUCCCCAAGAUCCAACCAUGUUUGAAGGAACUAUCCGAAGUAACUUGGAUCCCCUUGAAGAGUACACAGAUGAUAAGAUUUGGGAGGCUCUUGAUAAGUGUCAACUUGGAGAAGAAGUGAGGAGUAAGGAAGGGAAGCUUGACUCACCAGUUACGGAGAAUGGAGAGAACUGGAGUGUGGGACAAAGGCAGCUGGUGUGUCUCGGGCGUGUGUUACUUAAAAAGAGCAAAGUCUUGGUACUUGACGAAGCUACUGCAUCGGUAGACACUGCAACCGAUGGAAUGAUUCAGCAAACACUCGCGAAGCACUUUACCGACUCAACUGUGAUAAUGAUCGCACAUCGUAUCACCUCUGUGCUUGAUAGUGACAUGGUUUUGGUUCUAGAACAAGGUCUGAUUGAAGAAUAUGAUUCUCCAACAAAGUUGCUGGAAGAUAAAUCAUCUUCAUUUGCAAAGCUUGUUGCUGAGUAUAGUAUGCGAUCCAGUUCCAGUUACGAAAACUUAGCAGCAACAUAAUGUGUUUGUAUCAAAGACCAUCUAAUCUUGAUUGAUCAAAUGGAAAUGUUGAUACCGGAAGCUAAUGGGCGUUUAUAGAUGCUAAAAUAACCUUGUUAUAUUUCCGUCAGUUUCUGAAUUUUUGAUGAUUGUAAGCAUAACUAGUUUCUUGUUGUAAGUUGUUAAAGUUACUUUCAAAGAUGAUUUUUAGAUCAAGUUUUUUA